CUUAUUUGUACUACAUAAUCAGCGCCCUGGGCAUAACGGCCGGGGCUCAUCGCCUGUGGAGCCACAGAACUUACAAGGCACGGCUGCCCCUGAGGCUGUUCCUCAUCAUUGCCAACACCAUGGCGUUCCAGAAUGAUGUGUAUGAAUGGGCCCGAGAUCACCGCGCCCACCACAAGUUCUCAGAAACACACGCUGACCCUCACAAUUCCCGCCGGGGCUUUUUCUUCUCUCACGUGGGUUGGCUGCUUGUGCGCAAACACCCAGCUGUCAAAGAGAAGGGUGGAAAACUGGACAUGUCUGACCUAAAAGCUGAGAAGCUGGUGAUGUUCCAGAGGAGGUACUACAAGCCGGGUCUCCUACUGAUGUGCUUCAUCCUGCCCACGCUGGUGCCCUGGUACUGCUGGGGGGAAACCUUUGUAAACAGCUUGUGCGUUAGCACCUUCCUGCGGUACGCUGUGGUGCUCAACGCCACCUGGCUGGUGAACAGCGCUGCCCACCUCUACGGGUACCGCCCCUACGACAAGAACAUUAGCUCUCGGGAGAACAUCCUGGUUUCCAUGGGAGCUGUGGGCGAGGGCUUCCACAACUACCACCAUGCCUUCCCCUACGACUACUCUGCCAGUGAGUACCGCUGGCACAUCAACUUCACCACCUUCUUCAUCGACUGCAUGGCUGCCCUGGGCCUGGCUUACGACCGGAAGAAAGUUUCUAAGGCUGCUGUCUUAGCCAGGAUUAAGAGAACUGGAGACGGAAGUUGCAAGAGCGGCUGAGUGUGGGGUCUUCCAGUUCGUUCCAGAAGCCAGCUUGGCAGAGGCUUACUGUUCUGUUAAUUAACUACUGAGUAUUGCUACCCAGAUGCUAAAAUGAUGACGUUAACCCAUUCUGGUACAGUAUUGUAAAACGGACAGAUACUGGAAGUCAACAGCUCUUCCUCUCCAUGCUAAGCUGAUCUCCCUUCUGUUUUCUUUUCCCAUUGUUUUUUUUUUUUUUCUUCUUUGCUUUGUCCCCGAUGACCUCGUUUCUCACUGCCUCCCCCAAGCCAGCAGCCACUCAGCCGUAGGGCAGUGUUCGCCUUCCAGAAUAUACCAACUUUUCAAGGGUCUACAGUAAAGGUUCACACCUCACCCCCAACUCUUCUUAAGCUGCUCUGAGUUAGAGAUACAAGAAAAAUCUUGAGAGAUUUCUCCUGUUAUUUUUAGCCCAGGCUUUGCCAGACGGACUGGAAAAAAAAAAAUAGUUUUAUUUGGCAGAGAGCUUGUAGAGCAGGUAAAUCUUAAGGGGUCAAAGUCAACAUGCAGGCUGUGAUUCAUCAACGCUGUGGGAGAGGGGGGG